AUGUUCGAUUAUAAUUACUCUAUAUUGAUAGAACAGCUAGCUAAUAAGUCUAAUAAAUUAAUUAAUUUUAGUUAUUGUUUUUAAAGAUAAGAUUCAUCUGAUUCAAAUUUUCUUUGUAGCUAAGCAGAAUUUAUUAAGUGUUUGAUAUAGUAAAUAAAUAAUUAUUGGCAGAAUGCUAUAGACAGCUACAAAUUAAAAGCCAGCUCAGCGAAAUCAGAAAUCAAUUAAUAAUAAUUAUAAAUUAAUAAAAAAGUAUUAAUUAACACACAAAAAAAGCAACAAAAAACAAGCCAAAAAACUUACGUAAAACUAAAAGCCCUCAAGCCUAACACAAGUUUUGCAAAUCAAUCCGAACUAACUAAUUUAGUAAAUAAGAAACAAUCUAAAACAGUUUUAACUACUACAAUCUCCUCUAUAAAAUGUCACACAAUAACAAAGUUCAAGACAAAAAACACCAAAAGGUCCCUGAAGAAAAACAAGAAAGAAACGACAGAUAGAAUAACCACUCUAUGGGUAAAAAUAAAGCUCAACACGAAUACCUUGCUGAAGAUUUGGGUGAUUAUGCUGAUAUCUGCAAGAACGUUAACAAGAACUUCUUGA